CUCACAGCCUUCGCGCCUCUCCCACCCGUUCUUGCCCCUCAUUGUUCCCGUAUCCGACGCAGCCACCCGCCAGUCAUAACACAGAAGGCUGCGCUUAUGCUGUAGAGAGCUAACCCUGGUUUGCGAAUGCUUGUUAGAGAUGACACAGAGCCCGUAUAAUGUCGACUAUACAUCCCAACCUACGGAGCCUGAACAAUGGGAGUACGCUCCGACACCCGGGUACCUCGGCAGCCCGUACGCCGCUCGAACUAUCUCAAGCCCCUCUCCGUCUAGCGUACUUGAGGCUGGAAUCGAGCGAACAAGUAGACCUGGGCCCCAGUCUCUCAGGUUCAUUGAGCUAUCUGAGUGGGAAGAAGGAAGAUCAUACCAGGAGGACCCGCCAACCUGUAUCCACUACCGUAUAGAGUGGCGAGUGACAAUCAACAAUCGGGAGGUGUCACAGGACACGGAAGAAGACCUUACUUUGGCCCCUAGCUCCUUCUGGCAAUUUUCCCUGGAGAAAAAACUCGAGAAAGUUCUUCGAAGGAAGACUGCACGCCACCGUCGGGUUACAGCUGAUGAUACGGUCAUCACCGUAUUAACAAGUGAUCGUACCAAACGCAAAUUGACGAAACGAUUUGACGAAACCGACAUUAUUUGGACCGCUAUCGAGAAACAGCUUGUGAUGUGGUCUGAUGUUUUGUUCCGGGGUAAGGAGCUCACGCUGAAGAUCAGUUUCAACUACGUAGACGAUCGCCACUCUUCUCCAACCGCUGGUCGGAAAGGAGAGAAGAGAGGAAAGUCAUCUGUUACAAAAAGGAUGCUUAGCGAACGAGAUGCACAGCUUGAUGCAGAGGAGAAUGCUUCUGGCGAGAAGCCAAUCUGGCGUAGCGUCUAUAAUUUGAUGCGAUGCGACUCGUCGACAUGUCAGCAUGGCCCUCAUUGUUGGGUGGACCCAAUGGGGAAAAAACACUAUCCAAUCAAAUCUCAUCAUAUAAAACGCCUUAUCACCCACGUUGAGAAGGGAGGGGUUUUGGAAAGUCAUAAAGAUGUGCCUGAAGCCGUACGCGACGAAUUAUACAGGGAAGAGCAAGAGAGACACGGCAAAGGCAAGCGCAAAGGAAGUCACGUCGAUGGGUCUGGAGCACCAUAUCCUCCCAUUAAUAUUAAUGUCCUGCCCUCACAGUCUACCGUCCACGGGAUAGAUGUUUCUACUUCUAAGGCGGCGGUUGACUUGACGGCUCUGAGCCCUCUCGAGAUCCCGGGUUCCACAGAUAUAGCCGUGGAGGAGUACACUGAAUGGCUAGUGUCGACCGUCGAAAGGGAUACCCUCAAAGCCGCAUUCCGACAAACGUGCGAUGUGAUGCUCGAGAACGGCCUUGAUCUCGAACAAGUGUACAAGGACCAAGACCCAAAUUUUUUCAUCGAGAGAGGAAUCAAAAUAGGCAUCGCACGUCGAUUCGUAGAGAACAUCGCAAAAUGGGUCAAGAAGGUGAAGAAAGCAGUGCCUGUUUAUGAGAUUCUUUGAACCGGGCAGAUGGUCAUUAAGGCAUCACGGCGUUUGGGCUUACAACAUCGACUAUUGCACAGAGUAGCUCCAGAUUGUCAGAUUUUUAUAUUGCAGAAUUUACAGUGUAUCAGUCUUCGUAUAUACAUAUGCUCAAUAUGGUGCUGAAUCUUCCCAAACGCCUGCCUCUUCAUGCCCGCCAUUCCUG